AUGGUCUCUACACGCAGCGCAAAGCAGCACGACGAUGGCAAUGACGCCGAUCAGGGUACCAAGCGCAACAGUCCCGAAACCAAGUCUGAGCCCAGCGCAUCUGCUUCCGAGCCGGCAUCGAAGCGCAGCAAGACCUCGGUGCUGGAUGAGCAGCAGGAGGAGCUCGAGGCGCACGGCGAUGCGCUCUCGUGGCUGCACUCCAACACCGCCUGGUCGCUCGCCCACCCCGACAUUCCUGCUGGUAAAGGCGAGCAGGAUACCGCCGACCAAGGCGGCGACACCGCACGUGACCCGCCCGCGGCCUACACGAACCCACGCAAAGAUGCGGGCGCCGGUGGAGAACUGGGCUACCCGAACUCGGAUCUCAGUGGCUUCCAGACGCUGCUGUGCGGCAUGCUGCUGAGCAAGCCCAUCUCGCACACGCUCGGCCUGCGUGCGAUCCAAACGCUGCUCAACGAGCCCUACUUCUUCCGCUCCGCCAAGGACCUGCUGGAAGCGGGCAACGAAGGUCGCCGAGCCGCGCUGUGGGAGGCACGCACGCAGCACAAGGAGAAAACUGCCACCCAGCUCGGAAGCCUCGCCGAAGGAAUCACCGCCCUCUGCGAAGGAAAGGGCAAGGAUGCUGCAGACACGCUCAAGCCGGUGUUGGACCAGGCGCUGGAGAAUUGCGAUGCCAAGGAUGCAGAGGCUGUAGCAGAGCAAGUGAAGAAGGUGCUCACGGCACAGGUGAACGGCCUAGGCCCAGGCGGUGUUGACAUCUUUUUGCGCCGGAUGCAGGUGCAGUGGCACCAGGUCUUUCCCUUUGCAGACCAGCGCGCACUCGACGCCGCUGCGCGCUUCGGCCUUUUGGACGACAGGGACCUGAAGAAGGGCACAGCACAUGCGGCACAGGUGCUCGCCAAGAGCGUGGCCGACCACGUGGGGUUCCCCAUCGAAGAGGCGCAUGACGAAGGGGAAGAGGCAGAGUGUGGACGCUGGUGGUUCGUGCGUACGCUCGAUGUGCUCAUCGGCCUCGAUAUCGAGAAGCAGCUCGACAAGGCCGUCAAGCUCGCCAAUGGCGACGCCAAGUAG